AUCACUUUCAGCUUGGGAAUCUUCAGUGUGACAACACCUUUCAACACAGUGAGACUUGAAUUUACAAAACCUCUCAGAAUGGUGCCCACAGGAGAAGAUCUCAGGAUCGUGAGUGUCGAUGUGAAAGAUAUUCGCUUUCCGACGUCUCUGGGAGCGCACGGAUCGGAUGCAAUGCACACGGAUCCCGACUAUUCCUGCGUCUACGUGACUCUCACGACCGAACGCGGAGUUUCCGGCAAUGGCCUGACUUUCACUCUAGGUCGCGGAACGGAUGUCGUGAAGCUCAGUGUUCUGUCUAUGAAGCACUUGCUGGAGGGCCGCAACGCCGGUGAGAUCUUUGGCGAUUUCUCCGCACUCUGGCGCUCUUUGACCAGUGAAUCGCAACUGCGCUGGAUCGGGCCCGAGAAAGGUGUGACACACCUCGCAGUGGCGUCACUAGUAAACGCCCUGUGGGACCUCUGGGCGAAGCUCGAGGGCGUUCCACUGUGGCGCCUCCUGACCACAAUGGAUCCAAAGUUAUUAGUCUCCACCAUCGAUUUCCGGUACAUCACGGAUGUGUUGACACCCGAGGAGGCUGUGGAGAUGCUCGAGAACGCCCAAGAGGGGAAGGAGGAAAGAAUCGCGGAGCUCCAGCAGAGAGGUUAUCCCGCCUAUACGACUCAAGUGGGAUGGAUGGGGUACAGCGAUGGCAAAAUCAGGGAUUUGUGCAGGAAGUACCUUGAUAUGGGAUUUCGGGCGUUCAAGAUCAAAGUUGGGAAGGAUAUAUCUAGCGAUAUAAAGCGAUGUGAGUUGGUUCGGAGUGAGAUUGGCUAUGAAAACACCUUCAUGAUUGAUGCCAAUCAAAUUUGGGAUGUCCAGGAAGCUAUUGACUGGGUGAAGCGUCUCUCCCAGUACAAACCGAUGUUUAUUGAGGAGCCUACAUCUCCUGAUGAUGUUCUCGGCCACGCAGCAAUCUCCAGAGCUCUCAGGCCUUUUGGAAUUGGCGUUGCUACAGGUGAGAUGUGCUGCAAUCGCGUCCUGUUCAAGCAAUUUCUUCAAGCAGGAGGAAUGCAAUAUUGCCAGAUAGAUUCUGCCAGAAUCGGAGGAGUUAACGAGAUUCUAAGUGUUUAUCUCAUGGCCAAGAAGUUCAACAUUCCGGUGAUUCCUCAUGCUGGAGGCGUGGGACUCUGUGAGAUGGUGCAGCAUCUGCAAAUGUGGGAGUUCACCUCUCUUACGAAAUCUAUGAAAAUGAUUGAAUACGUUGAUCAGCAGCAUGAUCAGUUUGUCAAUCCCGCUUUCGUGGUCAACGCCAAUUACUUGGCUCCACGCGAGCCGGGAUAUAGCACGGAAUUGACACAGGAAGCUAUUGAGAAUUUUGAGUAUCCUGUUGGGAAGGAAUGGCAGAAAAUGUUCAGUGAGGGAAUAUUUCAGGAAGUGAAAUAUUGAGCACAUUACAUAUUAUCCAAAAUUCCUCCACCAUUUAUCCAAGGGGAAAUUUUAUGGAGGGAAAAUUGACGCGUUCGCGGUUUGGAGGUUAUAUCGCAGUAAAUAAAAAGAGUGUUUCCGGCUGAAAA